AUCAUGUUAACAACAGAAGCAUGCAACUCAUAAACGUACUUUUUAAAUCAACAUACUCAAGUUAUUUGAGAAAUACAAUUAAAAUGUUGUGUAUCAAAGAUUAUGAAGAAUAUUCUAGAAAGCAUUUGGAUUAUAAAACAUGGGAAUUCUUCAGUCAAGGAGCGGAGAGAGAAGUAACUUUACGAGAAAAUGUUAGUGCCUUUGAAAGAUAUGCCUUUGUGCCAAGAAUGUUACAGAAUAUUCCGAAUAGAGAUCUGUCUACAACUAUUCUUGGUCACAAAAUACCCUUACCAAUCGGGUUAUCCCCAACGGCUUAUCAAAGACUGGCACAUCCAGACGGAGAAAUAGCUGCUUCAAAAGCUGCUGAGGAAAUGGGUGCUGUUUAUACACUAAGUACUGUAGCUACUACAUCUUUGGAAGAUGUGGCCAGUAGCAUUCCAAAUCGUUCUUCGCCAUUGUUUAUGCAACUAUACAUGUCAAGAAUACGUGCUGUCAAUGAGUACAUAAUCAAGAAUGCUGAAUCCAAUGGAUACAAAGCUAUAGUUUUAACCAUAGAUAUUCCUGUAACUGGAUUGCAACUCCGGAUGUGGCGAACUGGGGGUGUUGAUUUUCCUCCUCAUUUAAGUGUACCCAAUGUUGCAAAUGCAUUGAAGAAAAUCAGCAAUGGAGAAGAAAUUGCAAAUCAUGUAAACUUGGGACACAGUGUUUUUGAUCAUGAAAUGACGUGGGAUGAUGUUACAUGGAUUAAGAGUAUCACAAACCUGCCAAUUGUUCUAAAAGGAAUUCUAACUGCCGAGGAUGCUAAGAAAGCAGUGGAAUAUGGAGCAGCAGCUGUUUGGGUGUCAAAUCAUGGUGGUCGGCAACUAGAUGGCGUUGAUGGAACGUUAGAUGCUCUACCAGAAAUAGCUGAUGCAUUAUCUGGAACUGAUUGUGAAAUUUACAUAGAUGGUGGGGUACGUUGGGGAAGUGACAUUCUUAAAGCUUUAGCUCUGGGAGCAAGAGUUGUGUUUUUUGGAAGACCAAUAGUUUGGGGACUAGCCCACUCGGGACAAGAAGGAGUUAAAAGUGUUAUUGAGACUCUGCGAUCUGAACUGGAUCGAGCGAUGCACCUUGUGGGAUGCCACAGUGUCAAAGAAGUUGGACCACAUUUAAUUAAAAGAAGACAUGCUUAUGAAAAGUAAUAAUUAAUACUAAUACCUAGAAAAAUAAAUUUUAUUUCAAUUAUGAAAUAUUGUGAUGACGGUUAAUUUAUUAAUAACAAGUCGAGCGAAAUCCAAUCACUUGUAUGAUAAUGUAAAUAAAAUUAGAAAACUUG